AUGGGGAGCACACAUGUGAAUUCUGCGCCUAAAAUUUUUUGCUGGCUGUUGCGCCAUCUUGACACUGUGCUUCUACGGUUGGGGGUAGGGGGCGCUUCAGGGCUAUCCUGCUCACUGAUCCUGCUCCAGGUGGAAGUUGCCCUCGCGGCAGCUCUGCUGAAGGGAGCGGAUACGGUGCCUGAUGCAUUUGCACAGCACACUUUCCCGCUCACGUUUUCACUUCUGUCGCCAGUGCUGCGGCACAGACCAGUAUUCAGAGAUUUCUUCCUUUCCACAGCCGCUGCCCUAGCUGCUGCAGUCGUCGCUCUUCCACGGGCCAAGCGCGCUGCAUAUGAACUCCCCGACGGCGUCGAAUUCCUGGUGGGCUCCGUGAAGACCUCUUUCCAAUGCCCUGCCCGUAACGGGUACUUUGCUGACGUUGAUAACAACUGUCAGAUCUUUCACGUCUGCAACACUAUCCCUAAGGAAGACGGAUCGGUCGAGGUGCAGCAGUACAGCUUCCUGUGCGGCAACCAGACCGUCUUCAACCAGUUCAGCUUGACCUGUUCCCUCCCUGAAGACUCUGUGCCCUGCAGGAGUUCUCAGGAUUUCUUCUACUUGAACGAGAGGAUAGGCCAAGAGAAGGUCGCCAUCCACGACGUUGGUGAUAUUCAGAGGGCUGUGCCACUCAUCCCACGAUACCAGCAGGCCGGACUUGCAGCUCCCUUCUCCAAGGCUUGAAGCAUUUAUUGAACGUAGGACAGGACGUUUGUUGUGUAGCUACGGCCACUUGCUAUGAUGUCCAACAGAAGAUGUCCGGCUGUCGGUGGACACUAGAGUGUUGUUGCUUGCCAGCUCGAGCGAGAAACAGGGUUGUAGUGAACUCCCCUGUAGCUCCUUUCGUGUUCGUUUCUAGCGAAACAAGGGCAUUUUUACGGCCUGUGGCUUUUCUUCUUCGUCUGUACUUCCCUCGUCCUUAAUUCUUCAUGUCUGCUACUGUUGACUGUGACUCUGUAGCACUGGGCCUACUUCUUGCCAA